GACGUUGACUAUCGUUUGGACAUUCCCUGGUCCUGUUUCGUCUUCAUAGUGUUCUUGUCUGUGCAAGUAGUAUCGUCUACUGAAUCAUCCACUUAUUAAGAUGACUGGAACCGUGUCUUUUGGAUUUCUCGCCUUAGCGCUGACGGUGACGGGCUGCUUGGCUGCUAUCAAAGAGGUGAAAACCAACAACCCCGUUACACAGAAGCCUGGUCGUUUCCUCAGCCUACCUGUUGCUCAGAAAUGUAGUCAAAGGCCGAAAGAAUUUACGUACAAAGGACGAAAUUAUUUCUACAGUGGCCACACGCAACAAUACAAAACAUCCAAAGUCGAUUGGUUGGAAGCAAGAAAUAUCUGCCGAGAAUACUGCAUGGAUCUUGUAUCAAUUGAAACUCAAGAAGAAAACAAUCUCAUUUUCCGACUGAUUCAACAAAACGACGCUCCGUACAUAUGGACCAGUGGACGGUUAUGUGAUUUUAAGGGCUGCGAGAACCGGUCGGACCUUGAACCUAAGUCUGUGAACGGAUGGUUCUGGUCUGCUACCCGUGGAAAGAUACCGGCUACUAACCAGACACCAGUUGGCUGGACGUACAGCCCGUGGAGCAAGAGUGGCCACAAGAAAACACCACAACCGGAUAAUGCYGAGUUCGACAUCAAUGGUACAGUGGAGUCAUGCCUGAGUGUGCUCAACAACGUAUACGGCGACGGCAUAGCGUGGCACGACAUCGGUUGCUAUCAUGAGAAACCGUUUGUAUGCGAGGACAGCGACGAGCUACUUAGCUACGUGGCCGCCACCAACCCUGGACUCCAGCUCUAAACAACGCCAUCACCGCCUUCACMAAAAUCACAACCCUCCCAUGUGAUUAUCCCCUACCACCUCCUCUUACUUUUGAGAUAAGUGAAAAACGUCCCACAUYAAAAUAUAYUAUAGCUUAAUAUAUGCACAUCCAGUGMAGAUUGUACUUUUUACUCAUUGACCGGGCCCUUAGAAUUAAAAUUGCGGUUUUUUUUWAAAAAUACUAUAAGUAUGAACAGACAUCCAUAAAACRACCGAUUAAAUAUGAUUGUGUCUCGAAUCAUACAAGUMUCCACCAAUGCAGGACAUUAAAAUUUCUUAGAACUUAUUCGUUUCUGAAGUUAAAAUCGUAGAGGACGUGUGACUUAUCUCUUACUCCAGCCCUCAUUCCAUAAUCGUUGUUCAUCUUCAUCAUUCCCAAAUAAUACUAUAUUUAUAUUAUAUUAUACAUAAAUAUAUAUUUUAAGUUAAUUAUUUUUUUUUAUCUUAAAUGUUUUAAUUGAUAAAAUUCGGUUCAUUAAAUUUAGCCGUGACCGCAAUUGUCAUAACUUAUCGUUCGUUUUGAUAUAUAACUACUGUUUUCGUAUAAAUAAACGUUCGGAUGAUACACAUCGUA